CACUUUCCUCGCAUCCCGACUCGGAAAGAGUAUAGACAGGCAGGGAGAGAGAGAGAGAGAGAGAGAGAGAGAGAGAGAGAGAUGGCAUGGAGAGAGCUUCUAUCUCGGAAUCUGAAAGAGCUACGUUUCAUCUUCUGCCAAUCAUCCCCUGCUAGCUCCCUUACUCGGGAAUUUGUGAAUACGAAUUACAAGGAUUUGAAGACCCUGAAUCCGAAACUCCCCAUAUUAAUCCGAGAAUGCCGCGGAAUCGAGCCUCAGCUUUGGGCAAGAUAUGACAUGGGUGUCGAAAGAUGUGUCCGUUUGGAUGGUCUUACUCAAGCACAAAUCAGCAAGAAACUAGAGGAGCUUGUCAAAAUAGGUGCAGCCCUUAAAGGCUGAUGCUGCUGAAUGCUCAGUUAUUCUUCAUGUUUUCUUCCAAAUCGAAAUAAAACAAUUGAAGACGAUGACAUUAACUGUCUGAUUAUGGGAACUUCCUCCCGAAGAUGACAGCAGCUGUCCGCUUUCUUUGUUGAUCUGAUCAAGCUUUCCUGUAAGAUUCAUAUUUCCUGAAGAACUUGCAUUUUGUUGA